AGUACUCGAGUAUAGAUAACUUUAUUAAAUAUUUUAUACAACUUUUAGUAUAGUCACCAAAUUCAUUGAGAAAUUUGGGUGAAAUUAAUUAUCCAGCUUUAGGAAGUAAAAAGAGAAUAUUUCGAAAGGAAGAAAUACUUACUAGGUAGUUUAUCAUACUCGAAUCUGCAACAGCUGUUUACUUUUUAGCCUCUUCUCCCCGCCCUUCUGGGAAACCUUCUAUCUCAUCCACUUACGCCGUUUUGCGACCACCUCCCACCUCCUUUACUAUAUCAACCUUACUACUUAGUAUUGUGACCCUCUUCCUUUUCUUUACCAACCAUACUACUUAGUAUUGCGGCCACUCGACUUUACUUUCACCUACUUCACCAACUCUACUGCACCAGCUUUACCUCACCAACCUCACUACUAAGUAUUUGCGACCACCUUCUUCCCUUCAGCAAUCUUACUACGAACGAACAGUUACACACCAAACAGUGACAUCCCGAAUAAAUAUAAUCCGUCAAGAUGGGAAAUACAAGCAGUGCAGUAUUGGAGAAUAUUGUGCAAGGGUCUAACUGUGCGGAAAAUACAUUCUCCUAAAUCACUGUCUUUGACUGGUUAUCGGAGGACUUGAGCGCUAAUCUUGGGUGCGAGGCAGUUGAUCGAGAUGAGGUUGAUAGAUUAAGAAAGCGUUUUAUGAAGUUGGAUAAGGUGCGCAAUAAUCUACUUCGGCGGUGUACUCAGUGUGCUGGCUAUAAAGCUUGGGAAGUGUGGAAAUUGUGUUGAUUCAAUGAAGGCUAAUGGAGUCUAUGUCUACAGGAUAACUCUGGUACCAUUGAACGUGAGGAGUUUCUCAGCCUUCCGCAAAUAUCAUCAAAUCCUCUAGCUACUAGGUGUGUCUAUCUUCUCUACUUCGAGUUAUCACAUACAAUUGCCUAAGAUGAGAUCGAUACUAAUUCUUCCCCGUCUUGCAGAAUGAUCGCCAUAUUCGAUGAAGAUGGAGGCGGAGAUGUUGAUUUUCAGGAAUUCGUUAGUGGGCUCAGCGCAUUUAGCAGUAAAGGAAACAAGGAACAAAAGCUCCGAUUCGCAUUCAAGGUCUAUGAUAUUGAUCGUGAUGGAUACAUAAGCAAUGGAGAAUUAUUCAUCGUUUUGAAGAUGAUGGUGGGAAGUAAUUUGAAGGAUCAACAAUUACAACAAAUUGUCGACAAGACAAUCAUGGAAGCAGAUUUGGAUAGGGAUGGGAAGAUUAGUUUUGAGGAGUUUACAAAGAUGGUGGAGAACACGGAUGUGUCUAUGAGUAUGACAUUAGGUGAGUUUGACUCUUUUAUUUGUGUUGGAGGACGGUGUUUCUGUACUUUACUGGCGUAACUUUACUAAUGGAUGUGGUAGAUCAAUUUUGAUUUGAGAUCGUGGAAAAGUGAUGAGAGAUCAGUAAUAUAGCCAACAAUACAUAUUUUCAAACACCAAAUCAAAUCAAAUACAGCAGGACCAACUCAGCAUAAACCAUGGUUGAAAUUCUUCUCAGCUCAGUGGAUCGAUUACCAAAACCAGGUUUUUGACAUGCAUUGAAAGUCUGUGGUUAGGUAGAUGUUCAGGACACAGCUUUUUUAACUUAACUCCAAAGAAU